AUUUCCUGUAAUAAAAUUCAGUGGAACGGUAAGGUUCAUUCGAGUAACGUUGAUAGAUGACUGAUAUUGACAACUUCGUGGAUAACAUAAUCAAUUCUUGUUCUGCGUAAUAGAAAAUACUUCUGAAAAUCGAUUUGAAGGAACAGAAAUGAUGGAAGUGCAAAUAAAAGAGAACGACCAAGAAAAAGCUGUAGCGAAAAAGAAUUUGAAGCUUGGAACAUUGAAAGAAUAUUCGCCAAAUGAAACGCUAUCUUCAGUUGAAAACAUCCACAAAUUAACGACGAUUCAAACCUUCUACGUAAAUCAAUGUCUUUUUAUAACCGGCGGUACAGGUUUUAUGGGAAAAAUGUUGAUUGAAAAAUUAUUACGAGGAUGCCCUGGCAUCAACUGCAUUUACGUUUUGAUACGAAGGAAAAACGAUAAAAGUGUCUCUAAAAAAAUGGAAGAAAUUGUCGAAAAUUCGGUGAGUCCUUUAUUUACAAUCGAUUAUUAUAUUUAUCUUGUGAUUAGAUUUUCAUUCAACUCUAUGAUUUUAUUUGACACGCUGAGGAAGCAACAGCCAGGAUUCCAAAAUCGCUUAGUGGCGAUCGAGGGUGACUGUAGUUUGCCGAAUCUCGGUAUUUCGACAACCGAUAGAGCUAAACUCAUACGAGAAGUUUCUAUUGUUUUUCACGUUGCCGCUACUGUGCGGUUCAACGAGAAAAUUAAAUUGGCGGCAGCUAUUAAUGUUCAAAGCAUGAAGGAUUUGAUACACUUAUCUAAGGAAAUGUCGAAACUAAAGAGAAACGCAUUAUUGUGUCACAGCAUAAUAGAUCGUUCGAUUCAUCCUGACCUUAUCUGUCACAUAUCGAAUACAUAUGAAAAGUUUCGUCCAUCAACGGCUUAUGCCAAUUGUCUUGAAAAUCAGAUCGAGGAGAAAUUUUAUGAUCCAUCGAUGAAUGCCGACGAAUUCAUCGAUUUGAUGGAAUCUAUGGAUGAGAAAUUGCUCGAUAAUGCUACACCGUGUAUUUCUGAUAUUAGCUUACUUGGAAAAUGGCCGAAUACAUAUGUUUAUACGAAAUCAAUCGCCGAGGAUAUCGUAAAAAGACAUGCUGGCUUAAUGCCGAUUGGAAUAUUUCGUCCAGGAAUCGUGCUACCAACGUAUAUAGAACCUACACAAGGAUGGACCGAUAAUAUGAACGGGUUAGUGGGCACUACAGCAGGUGCAGCAAUGGGAAUAAUACGAACUAAUCUUUGCGAUGCAUCGUUAAAUGUAAACAUUAUACCCGGAGAUCUGGCGACUAAUGCGCUAAUUGUUAGUGCCUGGGACAUAGCGAAUAAUCGAAGAUCCAUCGAAGAAAUUCCUAUUUAUAAUUACACAUCUAUGGAUAAUGCAAUCACUUAUGAGGAAUUCACAAAAUUGUCGAAGAAGAAUAUUAAAUUAUUACCGACUAACGAUGCAAUGUGGUACAUAAGCUUUUGGAAUAUAAAAUAUCGAUCAAAUCAUCUUAUCUUCACGUAUUUUCUACAUAUACUACCAGCUAUUUUAAUCGAUACGAUUGCGUUCUGUACAGGUAAAAAGCCAAGGUAAUUUUUUCUUAUUUUCUUUUUGAGUUCGAU